GUCUUCAGUUAGUGGCAAUGGCAAAUGGCUGCCGUAUUCAUAAGCUUAUUAACUGUCCAACAUAAUACUGAAUAAUAAUUACAUCAAUAAUUACAACUAUGUAACAAUUAAAAAUUCAAACAUUCAAAAAAACAAAAUUCAAAUGAUCAUAAAGUAACGACAGUAAGUGUUUAAAAAAAAAAAAAACCAAAAUUGUGUGAAGUGGAAAUGAGUAUUGAGAAAAUAGGCUCGGUGAUGAAAUCAGUUUCUGAGGGCGAGUUGGGUGUGGGAGAGGUUAAAUCCGAGAGUAAAAAUCGUGAAACAAAUUCACAAUUAAAGCGAACACUGACGUUAACUAAAAAUCAAUUUCAAAACGCAACAAGAAUGUCACGUCGACGGCUUAAAUUUCGUGAUACUAAAGACAGUACCAAUAAUAUAACAAGUGCGCGGGAAAAUUCACGUAAUAAUAUUGGGAUAGAUCAAAAUAAUCAUAUUAAAAUGAAUGAUAUUAAUUAUCAAGACCGACAAAUAAGUAAUAAAAAAAUAUUUCGACGGCCUUCAUGGAAAAAAAUAAUAAAUAAAAUGGUACAACAUAUGUCUAAUGUCGGUGUACAAAAUCAUAAAGUAUCACGACAUGAUGAAUUUAAAUCUAGUGUCAAUGACAUACGUGUACCACCACCUAGACCACCCCAUAUUCCUCCAGAUCGUGUUCCUGGUGUUAUUGGGUUGAGAAAUCACGGCAACACGUGUUUUAUGAACGCUGUAUUGCAGUGUUUAUCACAUACAGACAUACUUGCUGAAUAUUUUGUACUUGACAGAUACAAAUUUGAUUUAUCGAGAAGAAAUAAAUUGAAUUCUAAAAAAUAUGGCACUAAGGGUGAGAUAACUGAACAAUUAGCGUUGUUAUUAAAGGCAAUAUGGAGCUGUCAGUAUGAUCCUGAAAUGAGCACAGCUUUUAAAAAUGUCGUUGACAAGUAUGGCAGUCAGUAUCGUGGUAAUUUACAACACGAUGCUCAAGAAUUUCUUCUUUGGUUACUAGAUAAAGUCCAUGAGGAUCUUAAUCAAGCGACGAAAAAAAAAUACAGAAGUAUAAAGAAUUCUUUUGGACGACCAGAUCACGUGGUAGCCGACGAAACGUUAGCGAAUCACGUAAGAUGCAAUCACUCAUUCGUACACGAAAUAUUUCAGGCACAAUUUCGUUCAAGUUUGACGUGUCCAAGAUGUCAACGGCAAUCAAAUACAUUUGAUCCAUUUCUCUGCGUAUCAGUGCCAGUGCCUCAGCAACACCGUCAAAUAAAUCUAUAUGUUAAUGUUUUGUAUACUUCACAACAACCUCGGCAAGUGAGAAUCGGGGUCAGUGUAAAUCAAAUGGCGAAUGUUAAAGAGCUGAGGGAGAUCUUAGCAAGCGAUACAGGAAUUGAUGAAAGCCACAUGCUGCUUACAGAAGUCCAUGAUGAAGGCUUCCAUCGUACUUUUUCUGACUGCCAACCGCUAUCAGUAAUAACAGAGAACGAUCCUCUCUACUGUAUAGAGCUGCCUCAAUUGAAAGAACCAACCGAGCAAGCUUAUAUUCUUCUUGUAUGGGUUAAUGUACUCGUUAAAGGAGAUUUAAAGGAACGUUUUGGUAGUCCUUACACCAUGCAAGUAUCACGAGAAACUUGUUACGAUGACUUGCAGAAGUUAUUAUUAAAAGAAAUGCACACAACAUUAACAGACGACGUUUUAACUUCAAGCCAAAGUCCUGGUUUAUUUAACAUCCGUGUUGCGGAUCCAGCUGCAACGCCUAUUCAAGACGAACAUCCUUGUAUUGAUCCCUGUGUCGAGCAUCCACUUUAUACAGAGCAAAUUGAACAGGCUCUGGCUCUCUGUGCCGACGACUCAGGUCCUCAGCACGUCAAAUUGAUAUUAGAAUGGGAUGAAGCAACUAAAGUUAAUAUUAUCCAUGAUGAUACUGAUCAAAUAGAAGAGCAUGCGAGUGUCAAACAAUUAAAGACAAAUGCUGAGCUCGGUGGCGCUGUUACGCUUGAAGAAUGUUUCGAUCUGUACACACGCGAGGAAAUUCUUGGAGCUGAAGACGCUUGGCACUGCCCUUCAUGCAACAAAAAACAAGAAGUUGUUAAAAAACUCGGGCUCUGGUCACUUCCGGACAUCCUGGUGAUUCAUUUGAAACGGUUCCGCCAACAAGGAAAGCAACAGUCGACAUCCAAGCUGACAAUGCUCGUUGAUUUUCCACUGUUUGGGUUCGAUAUGACACCGCAUCUUGCUCAUGGCGGCAUACAAAAUCAUACGACUGUCGCUACACUAGGAAGUCUUGGUUGGUCACCCUGGAAAAAACCUAGAACACGUCAGCACCACAGUGCGCCCAUAAAGUUCGACGAAAAUGUAUAUGAUCUAUACGCCAUUUGCAAUCAUCAUGGGCAAGAUUUACAAGGCGGACACUACACCGCAUUCUGCAGAAACCCAUAUGACAGUCAAUGGUAUUGUUUUGAUGACACCCGAGUUGAAAGUGUUACGGAGACAAGCUUAGUAACCAAUUCGGCCUACAUGCUUUUUUAUCAACGGCGCAGUAACAAUUCAACCGGUAAUUCAUCAGCUGCAUCAACGAGUUCCACGGGAUCUGGUCUCGAUCAUUGGGUCUCUCGAAUGCCGCCAUUUCAUUUUAAUAAUAAAAAUUCAGCAAAUAAUUUUUCAAAUAACAAGCAAAGUAAAUCACAGGAAAUUCUUUGUCAGGAUAAAAUUGUUGAAGAAAAAAAUAUAAAUAAUUUUAAUCGCGGGUGCCGUAAUUACGCGACACUGCAACCUCAAAAGAGAAACGUAGCAACAGAGACUGAAACUGGGGAAACUGAUCACUAUUCUGAUGAUGAAGCUCCUUCGCGACGAGAAUGGGCUUCGCCAAAACCAAUCAGAAAGACGUCAUCAAUAACUCUCACGCCUAGCCAGCCAACAAUUAAUCACACUAAUACCAUAACCACUAUUACAAAUGAUUCUGAGACUGCAGUAAUACACGAAUCAACAUUGUAACGUACAAUUUGAGCCAGAUGAAACUCUGGCUACAUAAAAUGGAUCCGCAAUUUAUUAAACGGUUUAUUAAUGUGCAGAAAAAUAAACAAUUCCAACGAAUUUUGUAUUUGCUAGUAGUUGGUAGACCAGAAAAAAAAAAAAAAACAAAGUAAAUAAAAUGCGAGUCAUCCAAAUUUUAUUAUUGCAAAUAAUAAAAUAUAAAUUUUUAAAAAAUGUAGCGGGUAAAGCGUUUCGAAUAUUUGUAAAUAAAUUAUUAAAUGAUCUGGUAUUUGACAACGCACGUCCGUGACAAUAAAGAAAAAUAUAUUAAUUCAUUUUGAAAGUAGUCUAAGUGAAAAUAAGUAUGAUGUGAAUUAUUAUUAUUAUCAUUAUUAUUAAUUAUUAUUAUUAUUAUUAUUAUUACUAUUAUUAUAUUAAAUAUAUUUGUUUAUGUGAAAAUUUUUGGACAACUUUGACUGUGAAUAAAUUAUAAACGCGGUUAGUAUUUGAGAACGCGAUUUAUAAUAGUGCAGCUCGUUUGAUAAGAAUUAAAAAAAAGAAUUAAAUGCGGCGCUUUUAGAAGUUUAACAUUUGUAAUGUAUUUAUAUCACCUACCAUACUAGUGGCCUUACUCUAUAAAAUAAUAUUUGAAAAAAAAAAAAAAAAAUUAUUAUUAAAAAUUGAUAUUUUUUUU